CAAACCCAACCACAAAGCAAGCUAUUAGACAAGCAAAUGCGUACUACGAGUACAAUGUCAAGUACUCCCAAUACCUAUGAAAUAAAUACGAUCCAAACCCCGGAAUACCCCACCUCUCCCUACACCACCCAUACAUCACCAUGUUCCGCAAAACGCCCACCACCAAUGUGACCCGCUCACUCUUCCUACCGAAUGCCCGGCGGUCUUUCCUCAGCAGAUCGCCGCCCCUCCGGACACUACCAGUAGUUCUCGGACAGAAGCCCCCAUUGGGCCCCUUGCGUGCCCCGAUGCCCCGUCCAUUGAUAGCACACGUUCAACCGUUCACAAGACUUUCUCCAAGAUGGAAGCAAGCGUCCAAAACCAAUAAGGUGAAGUCGGAAACAGCCAAACGGGAAGCAGAACUCGAGAAAGUGCUGCAGGAGAAGCUCGAGGCACACCCCGAAGAAGUCACCACGACCAGUUCAAUGACGCCCAUUUUCGGGGGCCAACCAAAGGUGCCGCCGAGAGGGGAGCCCCCAGACGAGACGGAUAUGCUUAGGGGGUUGAAGUCGGAUUUUCAUGCUAUUAAAGAAACCUUCGCGCUAAAAGAAGUUCCCAAGGAAGUUUACUACAUUGGUCUUGGGGGCACGUUCCCAUACGCGGCGAUAUCGGCGUCGACUUUGUAUUUGGCUUGGGAUAUCAACUACGCGCAUCACAAUGGAGUUGGGUAUCCGGUUAGUGCGGAGACGGCAGAGCAAGUGUUGAAUUUUAUGGAACCGCUACAGGUUGGGCUUGGCGCUGUUAUUUUGUCGUUCUUGGGAGCUGUCCAUUGGGGGUUGGAGAUGGCGGGGUAUGGGGGUAAGCAUGGGUACAAGAGGUAUGCGUUGAGCAUACUUGCACCGGCGCUAGCGUGGCCGACAAUAUUGCUGCCAUUCGACUACGCACUGAUCACCCAGUUUCUCGGGUUCACGGGGAUGUAUUUCGCAGAUUCAACGGCGACCGGAUGGGGAUGGGCACCGCCCUGGUAUAUGACAUACAGGUUUAUUUUGACCUUUGUUGUCGGGGCAUCGAUUGUCCUCUCCUUGGUAGGACGGGGGCAGAUCGGAGACUCGGUCAGCAAAGUGCCCGGCCCAGCAAGCUACCUCCAAGAUCUCCGCGACUCGCAAUGGGAGAACCUCCAAAAAGAAGAAGACGAGCGCCGAAGAAAAAUAAGGAGACAAGAUGCCGAGGAGAGGAAAAAAAAGGCUGCGAAGACAAAACCAAAAGAUGACGGCAUCGGCGGGGGUGCCGGCGAAAGCAAAGUCGACAAGCAAGCCGUUGACCCAGCAGAACGCACGAAAGGUGGCGAACAGAGAGAGCAAGGGGCCUACUCGGACGAUAAGCCAGGUGCUUCCAGUGCCAGAGGGGCAAGCAGCACAGAGCUCGAGUCUACUGAGCCCAGUAAGGAGAACUAG